ACGGGAGGAGGCAUAAACGCCAGCCGGCUGGCCAAAUUCCAGUGGAGGAGGACAGCAUUGCCUGUAGCCUGCUUGUUGCAACUCCAUGGAGCUGGGCCGACGGAUGUCUGACAACGUCCAUUAUUCCAUCACAACAAAAACCUGUUCCACUCAGAUAACCAACCUGGGGCAAUGCAUUAAGCCUGAGCUGAGCUGUUUCCCACGGCCCGUCUGCUCCCUGCUGGAGGAUUUCUUGGAAGGCAGCUGGUGCGUUACUUUCCCUGGGACAGGAGAAAGGAUGAAGCUGCACAUGGUCCUGCUACUGGGGCUACAGACACACCUGGCCUCCGCCCUCAACCCAAGCGACCCCAAUGUCUGCAGCUACUGGGAAAGCUUCACCACGGCAACGAAGGAGUCCUACGCUCACCCCUACGCUCAGGUCUCCAAAGAGUCGUGUGAUGGGACCUGGAAUUUCUUCAAGCCCUGCACUCAGCAGAAGAUUAUGUACAAGACAGCGUACCGGCAGGCGGUGAAAAUUGACUACCGGAAGAGGUACCGCUGCUGCCAGGGCUAUUAUGAGAGCACAGACAUUUGUGUCCCUCGCUGUACCAAGGAGUGUGUCCACGGGAGGUGCGUGGCUCCAGACCAGUGCCAGUGUGAGCAGGGAUGGAGAGGUGCAGACUGCUCCAGCGAGUGUGACGCCCGGUUCUGGGGCCCCCGUUGCAAGCAGCCCUGCCAGUGUGGCGACGGGGGGACUUGCGACCCCCGGCACUAUCUGCUCCAUCCCAUGCCCACCGGGGGCCACAACAGUGGGUCAUGUGACCCAGUCUCCGGGCGUUGCCAUUGUGCCCCGGGCUACACCGGAGAGCGCCUGCAGCACAGUCACAGCUGCCACCCCAUGAGCGGAGAAUGCACCUGCCAGCCGGGCUGGGCGGGACUGCACUGCAACGAGACCUGCCCGCAAGGCUACUACGGGGCCAACUGCCAGGAGCCCUGCCUCUGUCUGAACGGGGGAACGUGUGAUGGCACCACGGGGCGCUGCCGCUGUGCCCCGGGGUACACGGGGGAGCAUUGCUCCAGUUACUGCCCCGCCAACACCUAUGGGGUGAACUGCUCCCUGACGUGUACCUGCAAGAACGCCUUUGCCUGCUCCCCCAUUGAUGGCACCUGCGUCUGCAAAGAAGGGUCCCGCUGCAACCUGGUCUGUGCGGAUGGCUCCUGGGGGCAGCGCUGCAGCCAGCCCUGCGCCUGCAAGAACGGAGCCACCUGUUCCCCGGAGGACGGGAGCUGCAGCUGCGCGCCCGGGGCCCGGGGCCCGGCCUGCCAGCGCCCCUGCCAGCCCGGGCGCUACGGCAAGAAAUGCGCAAUGUCCUGCCGAUGCGCCAACCACUCCACCUGCCACCACGUGAACGGCUCCUGCGACUGCUUCCCCGGGUGGACGGGCAGCGACUGCUCUCAGCCCUGCCCACCUGGCACAUGGGGACUAAACGGAGGCCGGUGCAGCACCGUGGAUGGCACCUGCUCCUGCCCAGCUGGCUUUACCGGCAGAGACUGCUUGGAAGGUUGCCCCAUGGGGAGCUACGGGGAGAACUGUGCCCAGACCUGCCGGUGCCAGAACGAAGCUCAGUGUGACCCGGCUAGCGGCAGAUGUCUGUGCCCUCCCGGGUACACCAGCGCCCACUGUGAAGCCAAGUGUCCCACUGGCACCUUUGGACCCAGUUGCCUGCAGGUCUGCGAGUGCCUCCACAAUGCCACCUGCCACCACACGACGGGACGCUGCCAGUGCGAGCCAGGCAGGAGCGGGGCCCGGUGUGAGACAUGGAACGCCGAGCACCCUUUCACCAUGGUGCCAGCCAUGCCGAUGGGGUACAGCUCCCUGGGGGCCAUCAUUGGCGUCAUCGUCCUGGUGAUCCUGCUUGUCGUGCUGCUGGUACUUUUCGUGGGCUACCGGCAUUGGCAGAAAGGCAAAGAGAACCGUCACCUGGCUGUGGCCUACACCUCGGGGCGGACGGACAGCUCGGAGUACGCGGUGCCAGACGUCCCACCCAGCUACACCCACUACUACUCGAAUCCGAGCUACCACACCCUGUCGCGGUGCACGCCGGCCUCCCCCGCCCGCAGCAGCCAGGACAGGGCCAGCUCCCUCAAGGUAAGCCCCAGCCCCAGCCGUGACACUGCUCCUGGGAAGUUCCCAGCUUUUCAUUCUCCGGAACCCUGGGGAUGGGCUGAGGAGAGACACCCCUCCAGCCCCUCCCCAGGAGGCAGGGUGGUUUUUGAGCCCAUCGGAGAGUGUGUGUGGAUUUCAGAGGACUUUGAAGAGGGGAGCCCAACUUUACUUCCAGCUUGGAAGGGCCACUCCAGAAUGCAGGGUUCUUCACGGACACAUGGACCGACCCUGCGGUUCCCUAAACACUGGCGCCCUGCAACCAGCUGUUCCCCAACAUCAAGAACAUGGAGAGCCAACGCCACGCUGCCCGCUGACUGGAAGCACCAUGGGGUGCCGGUGCUGAAAUCCCGGCAGCUGGGGGGCAGCCACAUGGGCCGCAGCUGCAGCUGCAGCAACAGCCUGGGGAAGUAUUACAGCAACGACUACAUCAAGGAGGAGGCCCUGCGCGCCAGCAACAGCUCUCUGAACAGCGAGAACCCCUACGCCACCAUCAAGGACCUGCCCCUGCUCAUGGCCAAGCCCUCGGAGGGCAGCUACAUGGAGAUGAAGUCCCCCGUGAAGCGAGAAAUGUCCUACGCUGAGAUUGGGAUCUUCGAGGAGCCGGCGGAGGCCCUGCGCGCCAGCAACAGCUCUCUGAACAGCGAGAACCCCUACGCCACCAUCAAGGACCUGCCCCUGCUCAUGGCCAAGCCCUCGGAGGGCAGCUACAUGGAGAUGAAGUCCCCCGUGAAGCGAGAAAUGUCCUACGCUGAGAUUGGGAUCUUCGAGGAGCCGGCGGCCGGCUCCGAGGCUGAAGAGAGUUGCCCCCCGGGGGCAGAAGGUGUGUCUCCAACAGCCUCCAGCGUCCCCCCCAACCACUACGACUCCCCCAAGAACAGCCACAUCCCCAGCCACUACGACAUGCCCCCAGUCCGGCACUAUCCCCCAUCCCCGCCACUCCGGAGGCAGGCCCGGUGAGGAGCCCCCUGGGUAUUGUGUCUCUCCAUCCGUCUGCCCAUCCUCUCCCUGCUGUCUCUGUCCACUCUCCCAAGGGAAAGGUGGAGGACUGACUCCAAAUUCCAGCAGAAGGAGAGCUGUGUCGGGAACGUGGAUGGCCCUUUACUGGCACCUCCCUGGAUUCACCCAGAGUCUCUUCGUCUUCGCCAGCUCAGCUUUGUACAAUGCCACAACCACUAAGAACUGGGGAGGGGGUGGGGGAGGAACUGGAGCUGUUGCCUCAGCCUUCAGAACCUGUGAUGUUCGCACCUGGCUCCUGAGCCUUCAUCCGUAGAGUGGACGGAAACGUGACACCUUGGUGUUGGGGCACAGAUCGGCAGGCGUUCCCAUGAGUUUCCCCCCAAAGAGACUGAUAAGCAGUGGUCCCUGUAAACUGAGGCCCAGCUGAUUAGCAGAGCACCCACAGACAGCAGUAUGUGUGUCUACUGGUGGUGCACAUUCACAUAUUCCUUGGCGCAUGUAACAAAAGUUAUUCUGCACAUGCAUGGGAAAUAUUGGCAGGCAUGCUGCUGCUAACCCAGCAGGGCUACCUUCCAACAGACUCAGUACCCCAGGACUGGAUCCUGGCAGCCCAGAAGAGGCAUGGUUGGGAGGUGAGGUGCCGCCGAAUUCUGCUCCCAAUCCUGAUUCCAGCCUACAGAGGGGGGGAUGGGCUUUCGGCUUGGCCUUGAUCUGCACCUUGGCUCAGCUCCCAACCCCCUGCCUGAUUUCAUCCUGUCCCGAACCCCACAGGGUAUGAGCCGCAGGGGACAUGUGUGCGCUGUUAGGGAGAUUGGCAGCUAUGAGUCCAAACUUCCCCACCAUUCAAGCCCUGCCAGAAGCCCCCAUCACUCUGAGGCCACCGCGAUCAGAGCACCCCUUCCUAUGUCAGGCACAUUGCCUCCACCAUGUGCAAUAUACUGGCCUAAUGUUUGGGAGCGGCCUUCCCAUCCUGCUCGGGGGGAGCGCUAGGAUCUGUGUAGCCUGGUCGAUGCAGCUCCAGUGUGCAUGUAAA